AUGGCUGCAACAAAUUACUUUCACAAAGAGAUAACACUCUCGUCCCAUUCCGAAUUAGCUGGGGAGAGCUUUCCAGCAAAAUUGGCCUACAGAACUUAUGGCUCACCAUCUAACCCUGCUAUCCUUAUGUCUUCAGCCUUCCUAGGAUCAAUUGAGACGACAACACCAUUCCUGUAUACUGGCAACGACGCGGUUAUAUCGCCUGAAAAGUCCUUCAUCAUUGCUGUAGGACUCUUGGGCGGCGGAGAGUCAUCAUCCCCCUCCAAUCAACCAGCUCCUUUUGAUGGACCUAGAUUCCCCAAGACAACUUACGAGGACAACAUUCACCUCCAGUACGCCUUUUGUACGGAAGAGCUUGGUAUUUCCAAACUGUUCGCGUACAUUGGUUACAGCAUGGGCGGCCAGCAAGCGUAUUACAUGGCCAGCAUGUAUCCUGACUUCGUGGAGAACAUGAUUGGACUGUCGACGAGUGCACGCACGAGUUGGAGUAACUGGAUGUCUUUGGAAGGGCCACGUUAUGCCCUUGUCACAGCCCAUGACUUUCACGAUGGGUACUACAAGAAGCCGGCCAAGAAUGGUGUCGAGGCUUUUAAAAGGGUUCAGGCGGCGCGGGCACUCAGCAAUGGCUGGUUUCGCCAGGAGGCUUGGAAGCAGACGGGUUUCAAGAGGUUAGAUGAUUACCUACAGUCAUUCUGGACUGAUGGACACGACGCCAACGAUCUUCUUGCUAUGCUGUGGACAUGGCAGCAAGGAGAUAUCACAGUUUUGCAUCCUGAGGAUGAGGGCGAUCUAGGGAAGGCGUUGGGACGGAUCAAGGCAAAAUGCUUGAUCUUUCCAGCCAAUACUGACAACUUCUUCCCACCUGAAGAUAGCGAAGAAGAGGUAAGAUAUCUGAAGAAUGGGGAGCUUGCAGUCUUGGAGUCUGUAUGGGGACAUCUCGCCGGCGGUGGAUUUGGGCCGAAGGGGGAUGCGGAUUUUAUGAGCACUCGAAUCAAAGAGUUUUUGAAGAUCUAG